CGUUUUCCCCUCGCCGCAUUCGACGAUUCAACCUUCGUCAUUCGUGGUUUGAAAUUUUUCCUGCUCUCUCCGUGCUCCGCAUCUUGUUUCCGUCGGGCAGCUGAACUUCUCUCGGACCGCAGGAUCGUCGGUCCCUAGUGAUCAUCCCCACUCUCGCGAUCUCUGUAUCAUGGUGCAGUUCACAGUGGACAUGUCGCUACUUCAGCACAACUCAAAUCCCAAUGUUGCUGGAAAAGACAAGGCAGCCUUGCCUAAACAUUUCCCUCAAUUUGGAUCUCUCAGGGUUGAUGCUAAUUCUCUCACUCCGUAUUCCGAUGCCACCCAAUGCAAAAAACAGAGCAACCAUAUCAAGAGGCCUAUGAAUGCCUUCAUGGUAUGGAGCCAGAUCGAGAGACGAAAGAUCUGUGAACAGCAACCUGAAAUGCAUAAUGCCGAAAUUAGCAAAAGACUUGGCAAAUUGUGGAGAACCCUGAACAAUGAUGAUCGAAAACCUUUCAUCGACGAAGCUGAAAGAUUGAGAAUUCUGCAUUCUCAACAAUAUCCGAAUUACAAGUACCGUCCAAGGAAGAAGGCAAAGUCUACCCCUAAAGUAGAGAAAACGAGACAUUCCUCUCUAUCCACCACGUCUAACGCUCAGAACAACACCAAACAGAGGAUUUCUCAUAAAUCUCCCAAGCAGAUCAGAAUCACCAUUGCUGAAAGUAAAGGCCAGUUGAUGAAUGCGUCCACAAGUGUUUCUCAACAGCGCUCCAAGUCGAAAGUGUCCAAAAAGAGUGUUGGUGCCAGCAGACAAAUCCCGGCCAUUUCUCCUGCAAAGUCCCCAUCGCCGCCCAAAAUUUUGAAAUUGCCAUCAGCUUCUAUUGCUGUACCUCCCAAAAAUGUCAUCGAAGAUCAUCAGAGCCUGUACUGCAAGACAGAACCGUCCGUCAGUGAUAUAGAUGAGAAUGAUAAUGUUGUGUCUUCGCCCAUCCCUUCUGUGAGUACGAUCAAAUCUGAACCUGCCUUCGAAUCGGAUGAUUUCCCGAGUUCGACAUCAUCAUCUAGUAGUAGUGACAGUUCCUGUAAUGAUCUUCCAGACAUGGCGAAUCUGGUUGAUAUUUUGGACGAGUUUCCAUCGUGGACGAGCGACUUCGAAAAUGCCGCUCUGAAUUUCUUACCAGAUACUCUGUUCGAUAACUAUUCCACUGAAUACUCAACACCAGAAGUUACGAACAUGGUUGGAUGCAGCGAAUUCAUCAAUGACUGGUUGGAUUACAAGAGUUUGCCCAUGAAUUUCCAGGCGUGUUAGACGAGGUUCGGUGUCACUGGAUUACGCUUCGAAAAUGUGACAUAAGUACCUACCCCCAUCUCAAAUGUGGAGCUUAAAAAAAAGAAAGGAAGGUAAAGUGAACUCGAACUUUCUUUUUUGUUUUUCAAUUUUGUAAUAAUUUGUAACAUAAGGAACUUUUCGUAUUUACUACAAUUUGUGCCAGCUGUAACACUGCUCGCAUCGAACAUUGUUCCGCGGCAGAUUUUCAUGAUAACCUGAUUCUUCAUCAGUAUUGUAUUCAAUGAGCCUUGCGUAUAGACUUUUUAUAGACGCUCAAGGGAAAUGACAAGACAACCGAGCAAGAAGAUAAACCCAUUCGCAUCACGUGUUUCUGUUUUAUUGCCGCUCUUUUUUUUCUUCCCCUUUCUCUGGACAACUGUUCUUGAAAGCUGAACUGUCACUGAUGAAGCGUUAUCACGUUGCAAGUUUAGAAGGAUUUUGUUUUCUUUUUUGGAGCGACUAUUGUCAUGAAUAUUGAAGGAUUCUUUUUUUGUUGUUGUUAUAUGAAAACAUCUUGAAAUCGUGUGCGAACAGGUGUUUUUCUUUAUUUUAUUUUAUGUUAUUCGGAAAAUUUAUAUAUUCAAUUAAAAUACAUUCAGUUAUAUGUUGUAUUAUACGUAGCCAGCUAGUAGUAACGUUAUUUCAGAUGAAAAACUCCCCGUACCUGUGUUUAAGCAUCAUUCUUUCUUUUAAAAUUAAACAUCAAGGAUGAACAUUGUUUCGUUUUUUUUUUUUAAAUACCUAAGCUAAAAAAGCUGUAUUUCUUCCCCCAUGUCUUAAUGCUUUAUGUUUUGAAUUACAUAUAGUAUAAAAAGCAUCCUUAUGUUCAAUUUUAGAAUAAUUUAAUUGCUUAAAUUUUUCUUGCUUUAGCUGCUUGAAAUACUUCUUAAGCAUUUAUGAUAUGUUUUAAGUUAAUAUUUCAUUUGGCAUACAUUUUUCCUCCAGCUGGUGUAAAUAAAAGAGAAAAUAAAAAAAAACUUUUUAAAGAUUAGUUUUAUACAGAAUGUAAAUUAUUAUUUGAUAGCAGGUUUGAAACGGAAAGAAAAAAAAAUAUAUUGGAGGGCCUGUGUUUAAAGAUCAGUUCUUGCAAACUUUUUUUUCCCUAGUGAAAAAUUAAUAUAGGAAUAUAAAAUUUUAUAAGUCUUAUCCUCCAAUUUUUCUUUCUUACACUCAGUAAUAAAAUUAGUCAUAUUAUUUCAGUUCCUAUUCUUAGUUGUGAGUUUGAAUUAGCUUUCUCACUUUGUUGUUAAUUUUAAUCUGUACUUGUAAUUUUGUUGUUUCUUGUUGCAGUUAUGUGAGCUUCUUUUUUAGUUUAAAGUAUAGCAUUUAGUGUUUUGUUUUCUGUCAUAGUGAUAUACAUGUAUUGUAAAGUGAUUGUUUUAUUUUUAUAAUUUUUUUAUUGAGCAAAUUUAUAAAGUCCCUUAUUGAGUUUUGGUUUGAAAGGACGGCUACUUACCCAGUUGUAAAUUCAAGCUUCUACGAAUUGUUUUUUGUUAAAAGUUUUAAUUACAGAAAUUUUUGUUUUCUUGCUACUAACCAUGAGCAGCUGAUACCAAAAUGCUAAAUAAUCAAGGAUCUACUUUCUUGCAAAUGUAGAAAAUAAGUUUAUUGAUGGCAACAUUUAGAUGAUGUUAUUUCCAAAUUACAGACAUAGAUGACAUUCCUAAAUAUUGAAAGAGUUUCAGUAUCUUCACAUGCAAAAUUUAUAUAUCUUUCUCUUUUCCAAUAGCUGUCUCAUCUUAGUACAAAAGUUUGUUAAGUUUUGGGAAAACAUCUUCACUGAAUUUAAUUUUUCUUCCAUAUCCACAUAAUCUCUGCUCUUGUGUAUAAGUAUACUUGUAAUUAAUUAAUCAUUGUGUAUAGUUUUAUACCUUCAUGUACAGUCUUGAAGCCCUCCUUUUUUUUGUGAGGUUGCACAAAAACUCAGUAAAGCCAAAAACAGAUAAUAACUAAAUAGAAUGUAUAUUUUUUCACUCCAUGAUGCACCAUUUCAUCAUGGUGCCGCACAGUUCUAGGGGCCAUGUAAAAUAUUUAAAAAAGAAAAAAAUAAGUAAAUGAAAAGAUUUUUAUAUUCUAAUUUUUGAAAUCAAUAUGCUAUUCUGAGCAUACUUAGUCUACUUUACCUCACAAGUUUUAUGUUAAUUUGUAUGUCCAGCUCAGAUUAUUUAACUUUUUGUUUGACAACGUGUGUCACUUCAUAGUGUUGUGGGAACAAGGUCAGUAUUUGUAUAAUAUUUGUGUUAUUUGAAAGGAAAAUUAAUGCUACGAGAAAAGUAUGUGAAAAAAUAACUAGUAAUUUUAAGUAACUGUUCGUGAUUAAUUAUAAUUAAAAAACUUCUUAUCUUACUGUGCCAUUUCCUGAUGUGAAAAUAUGUUCAUCCAUUAUCUUUGUAAUUCACUUGUACAGGAACAUCUGGAGGAAAAUUGCAUCAAUGUUAUUUCAUUAGAUCUCAUAAAUGUACUCAGAAUAUACAGUAGCUUCACUUUGGGGUUAUAAUAAUCUGAGCACAUUCUUAGUUGCUUUUAGCUGGUAUGAAGUGUAUGCUUGUUAAAUGUAUUUGCACACUAUUAUUUUAUUUAAAGCAGCCUCACACAUAGUUGAGACUACCUUAAUAUAUUUGAAUUAUUUUUUUUUAGAAAUCGUAAAUUACUCUUACUUAUUUAUUGGUCUAGAAAUUAUUAAUGAAAAUUUCUGAAAUAUGGAUAUAUCAAAAUUUUAUAAAUAAAUUAAUUCGAUACCUAUUUCCAUAAAAUAUAUUUAUCUUUAUAUAUGUAAAUGAUAUGUGUUGCAGUUACUUUAAUUACACAGUUUGGAGUUUUAAGUUAUAUGAUGUUUGUAAUAGUGUUGUUUACUUCAUCUUACAUAAAAGUGUGGAAAGAUAUAUGGUAGUAUUGAAAAAAUUGAUGUCAUCAUAUUGGAAGUGUAUUUGUACCAAGCAACAGGAUGAUGUGCACUUGUGGAAUUACAUUAGUACUUUUUUUACCUUGUUCCACUUGGAAUUAUUGUGUACUGUUAUCUGGAACAUGAUAAAUCAUUUGCCAAUGUAGAUAUGGUGUGGAAAGUGAAGAUUGUUUUAUAUGAAUAAACUGUGUUUUAAUGA